GCCUUUGGUGGGGAAGGUUAAGAAAGCCCCUCGUUUCAGUGCUGUGUGGCCAGAUCAUUGGCCAAAUGACACUAAAUAGGUGAGCUGGUGGCUAAAAAGAGAGGUUUAUAAACCCAGAGUGUUUGUCCACCCCCUCUGCAACUGUCCUGUGGUUGUGGGUCCAAGCCCACCUCCACUCUGGAGCUCUCUCUGCUGUGGUCUCCCAGACAGGACCUGGAUUCAGCUCUGCAAUGCCCUGGUGCGCAGCAGACCCGGCAUCUGAGAAGAGCUUCCUUCUCACUUGCCUUGGGCCCACUGUUCUGGCAGUUGGGCCCUGGUCACCUCCAAGUCCUAAAACCCCGUCCACUGAAUCCCAGUGCUUACUGGAUCCCAGUCCCAUCCAUUAAGUCCUCAUGUCCAAGCACAAUCCAGAAUCCUUGCCCUUUGUCUUCUUGCCCUUUAUCUCAGUACUUUAUCCUAAUACUAGAGCCUCAGUUUGAUCCAUUUUCUAUGUCCUUUCCUUUAGGUCUCACACACUUUCAAGACAGCCUUCUGCACCCUAAUGCUCUGUUGACUCCUUGUUCAGCCUGUUUGGUCUCAGUUCUUCGGGGGUCUCAAGCUGUGUUUUCACUGGCUCUUGUUUCUCUCGCCCCAGCUCAUGCUACCUGGAUUUGGACUGGUGUCCUAUGGGAUCUAGAGCUUUUGUAGUGGUGCCUAGCAUUCUCGAAGUCUUGAAGGGCAGUUGCUGGGCUCAGAAACUCUGCUGAUUCACACCCACUGUAUCAGGAGGCUCACAGCUCUCAUGGCAUCGGAUUUUCAGAUGUGCCCUGAUGCUAUAAGCACUCAUUGCUUCCAGGAAUGCAACUUUCCUCUAGCGUGGCUGAACUCCGUCGUGAAGAGACAAUGGAUCCUCCUGCUGAGGACUUCCAACAGAUUCUCUCCAUUGACCAGAUCCGCUCCAUUCGUGCCAGCAAUGACUAUGUAGAGAGACCUGCUGUCUCCUUCAUGCAAGCUCGGUCCAAUCCAUCCCUGCCACAGAAUUCCCACAAGACAGAGUGGUCUCAGGACCAUCUGGUGUCUUCCACUUUCCAGGACCUACAUCGCAGCCAGAGUCAACACCACCAGAUACCACCCCUACAGCCACACUUGAGUCACUCCAGCACUGCUAGCUCCAUGUCCCAUAGCACCACUGCCUCGGACCAGAGGCUCCUGAGUGGGAUCACGCCCUCACAGUCCGGGCACUCCAUCAUCCGGACGCCACCCAGAGUGGCUGACCUGAAGCCCGAGGAACCAUUGAAGGGGGUGGCAGAGAAGCCCAGCCUUCACUCUGGGCACCUCUUUAUCUGUGAGGAAUGUGGGCGCUGUAAGUGCGUCCAUUGCACGACUGCCCGCACCUUGCCUUCCUGCUGGCUCUGCAACCAGCGCUGCCUCUGCUCGCCUGAGAGCCUCAUCGACUAUGGGACUUGUCUCUGCUGUGUCAAGGGUCUCUUCUACCACUGCUCCACUGACGAUGAGGACACCUGUGCUGAUGAUCCCUGUUCUUGUGGCCCAGGGUCCUGCUGUGCCCGCUGGGCUGCCAUGAGCUUCCUUUCUCUUCUCAUGCCCUGCCUCUGCUGCUACUUUCCUACCUUGGGGUGCCUCAAACUUUGCCAGCGGGGCUAUGACAGCCUGAAACGACCUGGCUGCCGCUGCCAGAACCACACCAAUACCGUCUGUAGGAAGAUUUCCUCUUCCAGUGGGAAUCCCUUUCCCAAGACUCUGGAUAAGCCAGUAUGACCUCCUUCGGUGAGGGAAAUUGGCUCUUCUUCUCCUUCAGCUCCCUCUGCUGGGCACCCCUUUGGGAAAAGAACAAACAGAUGAACAGUUAAUCAGUCAGUCAGUCAGUCAGUCAGUCGGUGAGUCCUGCCAGGGAGCACGAAGCAUGUUCUGAGACAAAAGGAAUCUUGCUCCUGCAGCCAAGCCAAACGGUCUGGGUUUUGCACAUUUCAGCAAAGGACAAAGACAGAUGGAGCCAAAUGCUGAUGCAUGCACUAGGCACUAAUUGUCAACAGGGGGGUUGAGUGUGGGACCUGUCACUGGAUGGCUCAGGACUCUGUGACCUCAGAAUACCUUAGGAGUUCCUCUAUGGUGGGUUUAAAAUGGUGAUGUGUCCUAGCACUAUAAUCCUCCAGGGACCAGACCACUUAACUCAGUUCUCUUUCAUUCCUUCCUUCUAUGGCACUUUCCUGACUGGCACCUCCCAAAGGCUCUUACUUGGUUCCAGUCUGCUGUACUUGGUGCCAGUUUCUCAAAUGGAGAUGGGCCAUUGUAGUAAACCAACCAAGGGCAACACCUUACACACGCGUGUGCGCACACGCGCACACACACGCACACGCACACAGGCAAAAUAAGAGAUGAAGCUUCUAAUCACUUUAAGGUAAAAAAGGAAUAUAAGCAAACCCAAAUGUCAAUUUUUAUGGGCUCACUUGUUAGUGGAAAUAGGGCAUUGCUGAAUUAAGAAUCACACUGGCAUGGAAAGAACAUGAUAGUCUGGGUAGAGAAGAGACCCAUUUCCACUUCGUACAUCUGUAGCUAGAGGAAAUUCAUGCUAGUGUAUAGUACUCCAGGGUAGAAUUGGCUAAGAGCAAAAUGUUAAAUCUCAACUGAAAGUUAACACAACAAAAAAUGCCGUGAAGGAAUGGUAAAGUCUGGCAUACAAAGCCUUACCCUUCUAAGCUGCCAGUGCCAAACCAGCCCAGGUUGGUGCUGACAGGAAGGUGGCAUUACGUGAUGGCCUUCUAUUGGUGAGUUGGUAAUUUCAUUCCGUCUCCAUAUCGAUGUAACUGAAGCCCAUCACCCCAGUUGGUGUUCCUGUUGACAGGAUCACUAGAGAGGCCAAGAACUAAGCAGACCAUGGACCUCGAUCUACCUUUUCACCUCUACAGGUUGUCCCUUUACGUUUUGGGUGAGGUACACUACUUGGGAGAUGAAUAGGAAGCCCACCCUGCUGCCCUGUCCUGUUGAGAAAGAGAAGCCUUCAGUCUCCAAGGCUGCCAAUCUAGUACCUUUCACCAGCACUGAAUUCACUUUAAAGAGAGAAAAACAGAAUGAAAUUUUAAGAAUAAUUGCCAACUGAAACCACCUUUACUAUGGUUUAAGAACAGUUACACAUGCUUGUCUCUGUCUACAAAUGGAGAUAAGCUGAGGUCCUGACUUUGGGCUGGAGGGGGAAAGGAAAGCUGUUUAUCAGAAGACAGAACUAGAUGGGUAAGAGAAGUGGGUAAUACCUGACUCACCCUCCCCAGUUAAAGUGCCUCAUUUAUUUUCUGCUGUGAUAGAGAGCACUACACAAAAGCAAGAUUUAGCUGAGCAACUUUGCACCCUGUAGGCAAGCCUGAUGUUGAUAUAGGGGUUCUGAGACAGGAAAUGUUGGCUGCAAACUAGAGAUGGGUCUAAACCAAACCCCCAGAUCUGGACAUCUUCAGACAAGGAGGAAUUUUAGGUCCAGAUUGUGUUUCCUGGUUGGUUGUCUACAAUGAGCUAACCUUCUCUAUCUGAACAUUCCUGCUCCUUGAGGAAGCUCAGAUCCAGCUAGAAAUUUCUGGCUCAGGUCCACCUCUGCUGUAAAUGUCAGGUGCCAAACUCAGUUACAACCUCCUUGACUCCAGAAACUUGGCCAUGGAGUGAAAGCCAGAUUAACCAAGUGCUCUGUUCUACCAUCACAUUCACCCUCCAAGGCACACACGUGUGUGUAUGUGUGUGUGUGCAUAUGUGUGUGUGUGUAUGUGUGUAUAGGGCAGUGGGCAUAACAACAUUCCUGUUCCAUUGGAGCAAAUGGUUCAGGAAGACUAUAGGAUAUGUGAGAACUAGAGAAACAUAUGCAAGAAAACCCCAGCUGCCCCAAAGCUUCCUCCAAGGCACUCCAAUGUUUACGGCACAAAUGUCGCACUCGUAUAUCCACUGACUCCUUCUCUUUGUUUAGAAUUACUUUGAUAUAUUUUUGUAUAUAUAAAUAUAAUGUUAUGAUGGCUAGGA